GGGGAAGGCAAAAGACCAUCUCUUGCUCUCUUCUUCUUUACUUCCCCGUUUGCUCAGUUGCUUUCUUUGUGAAAUCAAUAUGAAAGGUGGAAAGAUGAAUCUCUCCAUUAUGGUGGCUGCAUGGUUUUGCUGGAGUAGUAUUAUAUUCGGAUGGGCAUCGGCUAGGGAAAUAGUUUGUCCAUUCUCAUCAAACCAAAACUACAAAGCUGGUUCCCCUCCAACUUUAACCAUUACUUAUGACGCUACUACUGAUAAGAAAAACUACGCCCAGUUCAUUAAAGAUCUAAGAGAAGCAUUUGGCUUCAGUUAUUCAAGCCAUGAAAUACCAGUCUUACGGGCCACAGUUGCUCCAAAUCAGAAAUUUAUUGUAGCCAAAGUCAUAAAUGUAGCGAAUUUAGAAGUAUCAUUAGGAUUAAACGUCGUUAAUGCGUAUUUAGUGGGUUAUAAGGUAGGAGGUACUUCCUAUUUCUUUAACGAUCCGGAAUCUUUGGCUGAUGCAAAAACAUAUCUUUUCACAGACACAAAGCAACAAACGCUAUCAUUUACUGGUAGCUAUGCAGAUUUUCUAUCUAGGGCAAACGUACACAGAGAGGAUGUGGAUUUAGGGGUGCAGGCAUUAGAUAAUUACAUAUAUACACUUGAAAAAAGUUCAAAGCCAGCAGACAUUGCUAAACCUCUAGUUGGUUUUAUCGAAAUGGUUCCAGAGGCAGCAAGAUUCAAAUAUAUUGAGAAAAAAGUAUUAAGUCAAAUUAGCAAAACCUUUAGGCCGGGUGGUGACAUAAUUAGCCUUGAGAACAACUGGGGAGACCUCUCUUAUCAAAUACAGAAAUGUGUAAAUGGUGUAUUUCUGAAGCCAGUUCAAUUACAACGUGAAAACUAUACCAAUAUCCUAGUGAACAAUGUCACCCAAGUAGCAGGUGUCAUGGGAGUCUUGUUGAAUGCAGUCAAUUACAAAGUCUGAAUGGAAGAAAUUAUUUUCAACUACCAAAAGUGGCUGCCAUGGCUUUAAUCCUACUUUUGCUCUAUAUAUAGAGUAGCAUAAAUAAAGGACAACAAAUUUAUUAUUAUUGUUGCUAAUGCUAUAUGCUAUUUCCCUGUAAUAUCCUCAUCUUUCCAAUGUAUGAAUAUGAUGAUGAAUUAUAUAUGACAAAUAAAGUUUCUACUAGUUCUUAAUUACAA